AUGGAUUACCGGGCAGACGCUGCGGCUGCGAAGCAGGCGCAGGAGAUGCCCGUGCUCGUUAAAGGACUCGCCAUCGUCGCCAUUGCCGUCAUGAUGUGCUUUGCUCCCACGACCGCCACGGCCAGCGUUGACGUCAAGGAGAACUCGCCAGAGAAGCGCAAGCUCUACUACGUGCGCACGCCGAUCACCAAGAGUCCAUACAACCGCUACAUUCCUCCUCCCCCGACCCCCAAGCCCUAA